CUCUUGUUCUCCAGUCUCGAGCUGUUUGUUCCUGUGGUGGGUCACUGGUUGUGCUGUUGCGCAGUAUUUAAUUUUGCUAAAUUCCUAAAUCCAGUCAGGCUGUGAUAAGACUGUAACGUUUUAACGCUUAGGGUAUUGCAUCCGUGAAAAGGUUGCGACUUCAACGGCUUUUUAGAGCCGAGGCAACAAAAUUGGUCAGUGAUUGGUGACACUGUGUGUCGCUGCUAACAGCAGCUGAAGGUCACCACCCGUCUGCGGAGGAUUGCCUCACAUCAGGAGGACCCCUUCGAGAGACACCCGAUACCAGGGACUGGCAGCAGCCACCAGACCGACCCACAGACAGGAACAGAGCCCCACACGGCCGCACACACCGGCACCCGCACCGACUGAGCAGCAGCAUGGACCAGGAGCAGAAUCAGCGCCAGUCGGCGCCGCAGCUGUGCCGAAACGGCUGCGGCUUCUACGGCAGCCCGUCGUUCGACGGACUGUGCUCCAAGUGCCACAAGGACGCCAAGAAGGAUAUCACACCUCCCGGCGCGGACCGGGCGCCAGAGAGCCUGCGGACCCAGGUUCUGCACGAGACCAGCGCGCUGCUGGCCGCCGCCGCCCAGCCCACCGUCUCCGUCCUGCCCGCCGCCGAGGAUAAACUGCCGCCCUCCAAGUCGCCCGAGGCCAGCCCUCAGAAGUCGCCGUCACCCUCGGCGGCCUCUGGCUCGGCAGAGAGCGCCUCGGAGCUCUCUGUCGACGCCGCCGUGCCGUCCCCCGCAGACGGCUCCAGCAAAAAGAAAAAGAACCGCUGCGAAGUCUGUCGGAAGAAGGUCGGCCUGACAGGUUUCACAUGCCGCUGUGACGGCCUGUUCUGCUCGCUGCACCGAUACAGCGACAAACACGACUGUUCGUUCGACUACCGCGAGCUGGGCCAGCAGGAGAUCCGCAAAAACAACCCCGUCAUCGUCGGCGAAAAGGUGAACAAGAUUUGAGCGCGACCGGCCGGUGUCGGCUCGUCAUGACCGGCUAUGUUUCUGGGAGAUGUCUGCCGACCUGCCGGUCCCCGCUCGGCGCGUGACUGACAGGUGGGACGGGACAGGGCGGGCGCCCCUCCGGCCGGCCGGGCGCCCGGCGAGGGGCGUCCGGCGCCCGGGGCGGGGCGUCCGCCCGGCGCACGGGCUAGGUUGUUUUGUGUAGCUCAACUCCCAUGCGUGUAAUCCAUUGGAAUGCGAGUUUCAUCUGAUCCCGCUGCAUUGCCUUGAUGCGCUUUCAUCGGCUUAGAGUGUUAGGUGCCGCGUCGUCCAACUCCUCCUCACAUGCGUGUGGUUCAUAUGAUCAUUUGGGGUGCUAAAAUCCUCCGUAGUGGCCCAAUUUCAGAGUGUGCACUUUGUGUAUGGAAGUUUUAGUGUUUCAUGUGGAUACGAGCCUGUUGUGUUGGAUAAAUUGCAUGCGAUUAUUGAUAUAUCUCCGACAUGGGUUUCUAUAUUAUCGAUGUGGUAUAGUCGAUGUGGACUGUUGCGGCGGCCGGCUGACCUGUGGUUGGUUAGGUUCGUGCUAUGUAAGCCCGGAGCUGCGCGGCGCGGCGCUGCGCGGAGGUGUGUACCGCGGAGCGUGUUUUGUGUGUGGGUGUAUCUGCUGCACCGGCAGGGCCACCGGUGAUGGCACCUCGGCCUCCGCUGCUCUAACCGGCGUCCGAUCGACCGCCACGCGGCACGUUCAUAGACACAGCGACACUGACACACUUGCUAUGUGCAGCAAGGCUUCUCCGCGCAUUGGCCGGUCUUAAUGGUAUGUCACGCGAGAAAUACAGUUUUAAGGCGUCA